AUGUCUGAUGAGGAAGGGUAUCAAAUUCCAGCUUCUCAAUUGCGGGUCCAACGCAGACUGUCCAAAAUUAUCUCGGUCAAAAUGGCUCAAGAUGCAAUCAAUCGCAGACAAACCCGGGUUUCCCUCGACCUGGAAGACAGUAAAGCGUCACAUUCCUCCCAGGAAACAGAAAAGGAUGUGUUUUUCCCACUUCGAGGUGCUAAGGCACGGCCAGGGGAUAUAGAUUUUGCCGAGCUCGACGAUUUCCUUCGACUGACAACGAAGAAGAAAAUUCAAUCACUGGUAAUGGCUAGCGGCAGUUCACGUACUGGUGAUAUAUCACAAAAUGCUCUUCGUUAUACACCCAGAAACACGGAGGUGAAGAAUGAGCCACUGCUCGAACCAGACGAUGCUACCCCCUCUGAAAAGGCAAAGGAGAGUGAUAAGGAGGCAACUGCAGAACAUCUGUGGCUGCAAAGCUCGGAAGAAAGACCGCUUCCGGGAUCACCAGAGUUGGCUUCUGCAUCAAAUGACCGGUUUUCAUACUUUCACUCGCUGAGCGAGGAAACAGUCCAUGCGCCAGACCUUGCACUGCUUAUCCAAGGUCCUUCAGCUACUUUCUUCAGCCAUGGUGAAGGCACGUGGUGGCUUGACUGUACAUCUCCAACCGAAGACGAAGUACAUGUUUUAGCCAAAGUGUUUGGCCUCCAUCCAUUGACUGCUGAAGAUAUUCGCAUGAGUGAACCUCGAGAAAAGGUGGAAAUGUUCCACAGUUACUACUUCAUCUCCUUUCACACAUUUGAUGCAGAUGUGGAAUCCCAGCAGUACUUGGAGCCGGUACACAUGUACGUGGUCGUUUUCCGCGCGGGCGUGGUCACUUUCCAUACUUCUCCUACCGGUGUAGCGGCUAACGUACGGCGGCGUAUUCGCCAGCUCCGUGAUUAUGUGGAUGUGAGUCCCGAUUGGAUUUGCUAUGCACUUAUAGAUGCGGUCACGGAUGGUUUCGCCCCAGUGAUCACAGCAAUUGAGCAUGAAGCCGAUGCCAUAGACAACUCUGUCUUCAUUACACGUCUGACAGACUUUGGAUCAAUGUUGAAACGCAUUGGGCAGUGCAGGCACACGGUGAUGGGUUUGAUGAAACUAUUGGCCAACAAAGCCGAUGUCAUCAAAAUGUUCGCCAAACGCUGUCAGGAGCACGCUGAUGGACGAGUGAUAUCCCCGAGGAGUGAUAUUGCCCUUUACUUGGGCGAUAUCCAGGAUCAUAUUGUGACAAUGUACCAGAGUCUAUCUGCGUAUGAAAAGAUUUUCAGCCGGUCGCAGGCAAACUAUUUGGCGCAAUUGCAAGUUGAGUCUUUUGAUCUGAAUUUGCUGACAAGUGAAAUGUUAGAGAACCUUACGAUUCUUGGAACUUUGCUUAUUCCCAUCAAUGUUGUUACGGGUAUUUUUGGUACCAAUGUGCUCAUUCCAGGAAAUAACGAUAACUCAUUGUGGUGGUUUUUUGGUAUCAUAAUUUUUGUGCUUGUAUUUCUGGUUAUCAUGUUUGUGCUCAUCAAAUAUUAUACUCAUAAAGAUGCUCAGGUACAGCAACAAGAUUUUGAUGACUCUAUUGUUCGUUCCAUUAAAAGCGCUGAAUUGCGCAAGAAGAACCGUACUCGCUCGGUUGUCAGCUUUCCGGGAAGAUACGAAGUUUAA